AUGCUCUACGUCUACGACCACCAGGCCAACAACGCCGUCGGCCAGCCCAUGGUGAGCCUCAAGGCCGACGCCGCCCGUCUGGUCAUCGCCUCGCGACUGGGCCUCGAUCAACACCAUUCCCUCCAAGGACAGUCUGAAUCUGCUCUGGAGGAGAUUGAUCGUCUUUCUGGACAGUCAUCUUUCCUUUCGUCAACCGAUGCCUCUGUCGCCUUGAUCCUGUCGACCGCCGACCAACAGGGCGUUCCCUUUGUUCCCACCGACUCCAUCCAGAUCAAGGAAUGUCCCGAUCUCAACUCUGCUGAGAAGUUGCUCACCGACCUCGCACAUCAGUCCGGCAUUGACUCGUUGGCCGACGUUGAACGAUCCACCGUCUCCUCCGAGACUGGCCCAGCCUUCAGAAUCGCCAAAGAUAGCCUGGAAUUUGCCGAUGCUGUCAAGACCCUGAUCACCCAGUACAACACUGUCCUCGUUCUCACCGUCCCUAAGGCGACCUCGAAGAACACAUUCGGCUCUUACGAUGGUCUUGCUCACCAAAAGCGCUACGUCAAGGAGGCCCCUCUGAUCACCGAAACCACAAAGACCGCUCCUCACCUCAAGGCCACUUUGACCCCUGACGCCAAGUCAAACAAGACCUACAACCAGACCGCUCCCCUCAGAGGCAUCCUCCCUGGCUGCUUCGCCUCUCUGUCCGCCUGCGAAUCCAUGACCCGCAACUGCACUGGUCACGGCUCUUGCACCUUGAAGUAUACCGACAAGGAUGCCGGCGACUUGGGUGGCAAGUGCUACUCAUGCGCCUGCAAAGCUGAGGUUCGCACAAAUGCCGAUGGCACCAAGAAGACCACCAACUGGGGCGGCCCUGCUUGCCAGAAGAAGGAUAUCGUCAUGCCUUUCUGGCUCAUCAGCUCUUUCUCCGUCUUUAUGAUGUUCACUGUCAGCUGGGGAAUUGGUCUGCUCUACACCAUGGGUAGCCAAGAGCUUCCCAGCGUCAUCGGUGCUGGCGUUUCUGGCCCUGUCAGAAAGUAG